GGCCUCACUGUAACGAUGCAAACCCUCGAUGAAGCGGACCUCUGUUUUCCACAAUUCCUCAACGCCUCCUGCAGGAAGAUGGCAUUGCCUCCAGCUGUGUCCAUGUUCAGUUACAUCAUGCUGACGUUCAUUGGUCUGCUCACUGUGAUUCUCAACCUGCUUGUCAUUGUCUCCAUCUCCCACUUCAGGAAGCUCCACACCCCCACCAAUAUCCUCCUCCUUUCUCUGGGUAUCUCAGAUUUCCUCGUGGGCUUCCUUAUUUUCAUUCAAACCUCGGCGAUAGACAGCUGCUGGUUCCUUGGUGACUUCAUGUGUCUCCUGUAUUACGUGCUGAUGUACAUCAUAGCCUCUUCCUCGAUAGGAACCAUGGUCCUCAUAUCAGUCGAUCGCUAUGUGGCUAUUUGUGACCCAAUGCAUUACCAAACCAAACUGUUCAGAGUACCCACCCUUUUUGGAGUCCGUGGAAGUGGUGCAAGAAAGUUCUCCUGGUGGGGAUUAUUUUGUUCUGCUGGGGACUUCAAUGCUCACAUGGGCAAUGACAGUGAGACCUGGAGGGUGUGA